CUCGCUCGCAGCCUCGCACCACGGCCAUGGCGGCAGAUCGUGCCGGCCAAGCGCCGCCUCUCCGCGCUGCCCGACACGCCUCCCGCAUCGGACGCGCACGCCAACAUCAACGAUGACCUCGUGAUGAACCGGCGUGACCUCGACUUCAUCCUGUACGAGGUUGAAAACGUCGAGGCGCUGUGCCAAACCGAGCGCUACCAACACUGCGACCGGCCCACCUUUGACGCUGCGCUGGACACUGCCCACCAGCUGGCGCACUCACACUUCCACCAGUACAAUGCAAAGGGCGACCGCCACCCGCCGCAGUACUGCCAGGAGACGGACACGCUGACGCUACUGCCCGAGCACGUCGCGGCGCACCGCGCCUAUUCCGACGCCGGCUUCCUCACCACGUCGAUGGACGCCGAGGUGGGAGGGUCGCAGAUGCCCGUCGCAGUGAGCGGCGCCGUCGGGCUGCACUUUUCGUCCGCAAACGCCGGCUUCUCGGCGCACUUCGCGCUCAACGUCGGCGCUGCAAAGAUCCUGCAGCACCACGGCACCGACGAGCAGCGCGCGCACGUGCUCCCGAAGCUGCUCAGCGGCGAGUGGUGCGGUACCAUGUGCCUCUCCGAGACGCACGCUGGCUCGUCGCUGACCGACAUCCGCACGACGGCGCACCCGCAGCCCGACGGCACGUACAAGAUCCGCGGAAACAAGAUGUGGAUCACCGCCGCGGAAAACAACUUUGGAGGCACCAUCGCGCACAUGGGCAUCUCCCUCUUCCUCGUCCCGAAGCAUGCGCUCUCGUUCAGCGAGGAGGGCGUCUCGCUCGGCGACCGGCCGGCGUCUAGCUCGGCGUGGGCGGGAGCGACGGGUGGCGCCACCGGCCACCUUGUCGGCGAGCCUAACCAGGGGCUGCAUUGCAUGUUCAUCAUGAUGAACGAGCUCCGCUUCCAAGUCGGGCUCGGCGGCGUGGGCCCCGCCCUCGCGGGCUACCUCUACUCGCUGCAGUACGCGCGGCAGCGCACGCAGGGCCGCUCGCCGCUCUGCCGCGACCCGAGCACGCCAAUGGUGCCGAUCAUCGAGCACUCGGAUGUCAAGCGGAUGCUGCUGCUGCAAAAGGCGUACGUCGAGGGCGCGCUCGGGCUGUGCAUGUACACGGCGGGUGUCAUCGACGCGCUGGCCACCACGGCCGACGCCGCGGCGAGGUCGGACAAGCUGCUGCUGCUCGAGCUCCUCACGCCGGUGGUCAAGGCGUGGCCGUCCGAGUGGUGCCUCGAGGCGAACAAGUGGGCGAUGCAGGUGUUGGGCGGGUACGGCUACACGCAGGACUUCCCGCUCGAGCAGCUCUACCGCGACGCGCGCCCAAACAUGAUCUACGAGGGCACGUCCGGCGCCCUCGACCUGCUCGGCCGAAAGGCCAACUCGCACGCCUACCUUACGAUGACGGGCCACACCGCCGUCGCAUGGCAGUGGCUGCGGCAGGGCACCGCGGCGCGGCGCGGCCUGCUGCGCCUCGAGGCGGAGGGCGGCGACGCGAGCGCGGACGACGAGGCCUUCUACCGCGGCAAGCUGCACACGAUGCAGUGGUUCACCCGGCAGGAGCUCUCGAAGACGGAGGGCAUGGCGCAGCUGCUCUGCUCCUUGGACGAUACGAACGUGAGCAUGCGCGGAAACUGGUUCUGAGGCGUCUCGUGGAAGGACUCGUGAAUUGCCCGCGGCCACGCGCGCGGAGAUCGGGGAGAGAGGAUGCGUGGGGGCCUGGCACGGCACGGAGUCGGCACACACCGGACUAGUCACCGAGAGACACGUCGUGCACCGCGCAGUCGGUCGUCAGUGCAGUCUCGAGUCUGCAGAGCCAGCAGAGGGCAUGUACGUGUACGUAUCAUUAUUUAGCAAACGCGAUUAUUCUGGC